CUUUGUCUUGGGAUCCUGUAUUAAAUGACCAGCGUUUGCAUUGUUACCAGGGGGGCCCAGGUAUGAGUAUCCUAAUACGCCUCUUCUGCAUGUAUCCCAAAUCAUUGCAUGCCAACCCAAGCGCCGUUGCCAUUUACCAAAAAGACUUCAUCGAGAACCAGGAAAACCAUUGCCAGCCAUGCCAUGACCGAAUACAACCUCGCGGAAGCAUCCAACGAUCUAAACAGCCCGACAGAGCCGGUUCCCCGGACAAAAGAAUAGAGCAGCGUCCCACAGCAGUAAUUCCUCAUUGCCCGCUGCUGCUCCCGCGGCCAUUCUGCGCUGAACUAGGCCGGCCUUGCUGUAUAAGGACAAUGUUCGGCCGCCCGCGAGAGUUCUUGACCUCCUUUACCUCCGUGUAGUACCCGCCUGUGCGAUAAAAAAAGCGGGCCCAGAGCGGUACCGCCCUUCAGCAAUCUGCUGAGAAGAGGUUGACGA